AGAGUGUCAGCCAUGGGAGGGGACGGGCCUGCAGCCUUGGGCUCAGGUGGGCCACUGGGGACAUAAGGUGCUGGCCGUCCCGCCCCAUCCCCGCCUGGCACAGCCCUUCAGAUCCCAGCCUUGCCCCGCCCACUAUGGGGCCGCCAGUGAAGGCCACGUGGCCACGAGAAUGACCAGCCAGGCUUCCCUGGAGGCUGGACCUCUCCAGACUGGGCCAGGUGCUUCCUGCCAGCAGAGGUAGAGCUGGGUCCUAUGACUGCAGGCCAGAGGGAGAGGAGGAGACUGGACUUCGAGUGUGGGAGGGGGUGGACCCAGACCCCCAGUAGGUUAGUGGGAAGAGCAGGCGCCUGGGUCUGCCAAGAACACUAGCAAAGCUGGGCUCCCAGGCGGGCAGGCAGGUCCUGGGGAGCUGGUGAGGGCCGCUCCUCCAUGGGUGGCUGCACACUCCCUCCUGCUGGGGCAGGUAGUGCUGGCCUGUGCCCACUCACCAGAGCUCCCAGGCAGGCAGGAUGGCAGGGGUUCCCCCUCCUCUGCCCCACUGGAAGACAGUCUUUGUCCCCUCAGAAGCAGGCUCCCUGCAAGCCUGCAACUCCAAGGUGGAAGCCGGUUUUACAAGGGGGAAUCCAGCUGCUUCCUGCUGCCGGACACCAGCACCUUUGCCCUCACUCCCUCCCUCCUCAGAUGAGUAAUGUCUCAGGGAUCCUGGGGACAGCUGACGUCCCCCUGGUGUCAGCAACCUGGCCACAGCCCUGCCUCCUGCCGUCCGUGCCAGCUGGGCUGCAGAUGGACCACAUGGGGAAUGGCUCCCAGCGGGCCCCCUGGCUCUUCCUCACCUCCUCGCUGGCCCGAGGAGUCUCAGGCAUCUUCGUGUGGACUGCCCUGGUCCUCACCUGCCACCAGAUCUACCUGCACCUGCGCUCCUACACUGUGCCGCAGGAGCAGCGCUAUGUCAUUCGCCUGCUCCUCAUCGUGCCCAUCUAUGCCUUUGACUCCUGGCUCAGCCUUCUCCUCCUGGGAGACCACCAGUAUUACGUCUACUUUGACUCCGUGCGAGACUGCUAUGAAGCCUUUGUCAUUUACAGCUUCCUGAGCCUGUGUUUCCAGUACCUGGGAGGAGAGAGUGCCAUCAUGGCUGAGAUCCGUGGGAAGCCCAUCAAGUCCAGCUGCUUCUACGGCACCUGCUGCCUCCGGGGCAUGACCUACUCCAUUGGGUUCCUGCGCUUCUGCAAGCAGGCCACUCUGCAGUUCUGCCUGGUGAAGCCCAUCAUGGCCAUCACCACCAUCAUCCUCCAGGCAUUCGGCAAAUACCACGAUGGGGACUUCAAUGUCCGCAGCGGCUACCUGUAUGUGACCCUCAUCUACAACGCCUCCGUCAGCCUCGCCCUCUACGCCCUGUUUCUCUUCUACUUCACCACCAGGGAGCUCCUGCGGCCCUUUGAGCCUGUCCUCAAGUUCCUCACCAUCAAAGCCGUCAUCUUCCUGUCAUUCUGGCAGGGGCUGCUGCUGGCCAUCCUGGAGCGAUGUGGGGUCAUCCCAGAGGUGGAGACCAUCGGCGGGAACAGGCUGGGGGCUGGCACGUUGGCCGCUGGCUACCAAAACUUCAUCAUCUGCAUGGAGAUGCUCUUUGCCUCUGUGGCCCUGCGCUAUGCCUUCCCCUGUGAGGUGUAUGCAGAGAAGAAGGACAACUUGCCAGCUCCCCCAGCACCCAUGCAGAUCAUCUCCAGCGGCCUCAGGGAGACAGUGAGCCCCCAGGACAUCGUGCAGGACGCCAUCCACAACUUCUCCCCCGCCUACCAGCACUACACACAGCAGGCCAUGCACGAGGUGCUGCCCCGACCUGGCACCCACCCUGGUGGCGGCUCUGGCGGGAGCAGGAAGAGCCAGAGCCUGGAGAAGCGGAUGCUGAUCCCCUCAGAGGACCUGUAGGGGGGUCUGGCCUGCUGGCACCUAGCUAGGGACCCAGGUUGCCCAGGCCUCUAGGAAGAACAGGGCCCCCCAACCCACCAACCCUCCUGCCAGAGGUGGGGCCUCUCCUGAGAGCCCUCCUGUGAGGCCCUCGGAGCCCACUUCCCAUCCUCCCUCCAGCCCAGGGUUCAGGGCACUUAAUGGCCCUGCCAGGCACCCAGAUGGGCCAGCCGCCCCAAGAGAGGGCAUCUGAGCCAAUCGGAAGAGCCUGGGGACACCCUGGGAUCACCUGCCAUCAGUUCUCAGGGUCACUGCAGGGCGGGCAGUGAGUGUGGCUGCAGGGCCUCGGCUACAUGGGCCCCACGGGAACUGUGAGUGGGUCAGACACCCUGACUCAGGAGAUAGAGAGUGGAUGGAUUCCAGGCUGGGCAGCUGCAGGGAGGGGUGCCAGGGCAUUGGGUAGCCCAGCCCUGACACAGCAGCUCCAGGUGCUGCAGGCUGGCAGGGUCCACACAGGCUGGCCGGGGCUGGGCCUCCUCAGAGCCUGCUGUGGCCAUUGUGGGCACGUGGAGAAGGGCCCAUGUGACUCCACAUGCCAGCCACAGGGAGCCCUGGCCAGGCGCCCACCAGGUGUGCCUGGGAUGGUUCACAGAACCACCAGGUGCCUGUGAGGCUGGCCAGUGCCACAGGGCUGCGAGAAUCGCUCUUAUUUAUAUUUAAACACCCUGGAUUUUCUA